AUGUCAGAUUCAUUAGGGUUCCUGGACCUGUCAAGUUUGGCCUCUAUUACCUUUUAUGGCUUCGUUGGAUUGGCCGUGUCAAUUUUACUCAAUGCCUGCCGUCAGACACUUUUCCACAGCAAGAGUGAACCACCAGCUGUAUUUCACUGGAUCCCCUAUAUUGGCAAUGCCAUCUCCUACGGCAUGGAUCCCGUGGCUUUCUUCGUCAAGUACCGUGCAAAGUAUGGUGAUGUCUUCACUUUCACUCUUUUCGGCAGGAAAAUGACAUGCUAUCUGGGAAUCGAGGGAAACGACUUCAUUCUCAACGGAAAGCUUCAGGACAUCAACGCCGAGGAGAUUUACGGACCGCUUACGAUACCUGUUUUCGGGAAGGAUGUUAUCUACGACUGCCCCAACUCGAAGUUGAUGGAACAGAAGAAGUUUGUCAAGUUUGGACUGACACAAAAGGCUCUGGAGUCCCAUGUUCCAUUGAUUGAGAAGGAAGUGGUCGAUUACAUCAAGAUGGACCCUGCAUGGAAAGGUGCGUCGGGUAUUGUUGACAUCUCUGCCACCAUGUCCGAGAUCACACUGUUCACCGCAGCGCGUUCAUUGCAGGGAGAGGAGGUCAGACGAAAGCUGACGGCUGAGUUUGCGGAGCUGUACCACGACCUUGACAUGGGAUUCACCCCGAUCAACUUCCUCUUUCCCUGGCUACCUCUACCCCGAAACCGUCGUCGCGAUGCUGCGCACAACAAGAUGCGAGACGUUUACGAGGACAUCAUCAUCCAACGUCGCAAACACGACCUCGGUGUCGAUGACGAAUACGAUAUGCUGUGGAAUCUUAUGAAAUCCAAUUACAAGGACGGAACACCGGUGCCCGAUAAAGAAGUUGCUUGCAUGAUGAUUACGCUCCUCAUGGGAGGUCAGCACUCAUCAUCUUCAGCCAGUGCAUGGAUCAUGCUUCGCCUAGCCGCGCAUCCCGAAAUCGCACAAGAGCUCUAUGAAGAGCAAGUGCAGAAUCUCGGCCAUGGAGAUCAACAACGACUGCCACCGAUGCAAUACUCUGAUCUGGAUAAGCUUCCACUUCUACACAACGUCGUCAAAGAGACGCUUCGCCUUCAUGGCUCCAUUCAUUCCAUCCUCCGCAAAGUAAAGAGCCCUCUGACCAUCCCCGGAAGUCCUUACGUGGUCGGCACUGACAAGGUGCUGCUGGCUUCGCCAAUGGUGACGGCCAUAAGCGAUGAGUUUUUCCCAGACGCGAAAGCUUGGAAUCCGCAUAGAUGGGAUGAGCCACAGCCAGGCGAUGACGUUGUGGAUGUCAACGAUGUUGUAGACUACGGAUAUGGUGCUGUGUCAAAGGGCACAAGGAGUCCUUAUAUCCCGUUCGGCGCUGGGCGACACCGUUGCAUCGGCGAAAAGUUUGCUUACUUGAACUUGGGCGUCAUUGUUGGCACUAUUGUGCGCAACUACAAACUGAGCACCAUUGAUGGGAGAAAAGGCAUCGUGCCGCCGACGGAUCACACAUCCAUGUUUGCGCGACCAAUUCAGCCUGCGCUCAUCCGUUGGACCCGUCGGGAGUAG